AUGGAUGCUUCUCGACGAAUGCUAAAAUGGGACGUGGAGAUAAACAUGUUUGAUCUAGCAUUCGAGCCCAGAAAAGCAAUCGAAGGUCAAGCUUUAGCUGAUUUCAUCGUAAAGCUUACUCGGCCUACGGUUAAACCCGUCCAAGAUCCAGUUGGGGGAAGACGGCAUUGGACGAUUAUGGUGGAUGGAUCGUCCACUGCUAAUGGUUGCGGGGCUAGGAUAAUCUUCCAAUCACCAGAAGGGGACAAAUUUGAGUAUGCGAUCAGAUUUCAGUUCCAGGCAUCAAACAAUGAAGCAGAAUAUGAAGCGCUGCCAACCGGCAUUAAAAUGUGCAAAGUGGCUGGAGCCUUGGAAAUCGAGGCAAAAACAGAUUCCCUGUUGGUUGUUAGUCAAGUAAAUGGCGACUUUGAAUGUAAGGAGGCGUCCAUGAGUAAAUACAUGAAGCUAGUUCAAGAAGAAAUAAAAACAUUGAAGCGGUUUAAGCCCCACCAGAUUCCAAGAUCUGAGAAUCAUCAGGUCAAUGCUCUCCGAAAACUAGCCAGUUCGACCGAAGGGGAUGUGCCGCGAACUGUGUUUUGGGAGGUAAAGCCGGCAAAGAGUAUUGAUCAAGAGCAGGUUUUGUUCCUUAGCCUAGGAAAUGUCUGGAUGAAUCCCAUCAUCGAAUUCAAGAAGAUCGGACGCCUGCCAUCAGAUCCCUUGGAAGCUAAGUAUGUGAAGGCAAGGGAUAUGUGGUUCGAGCGUUGGAACGAGACCCUAUACAAAAAAGCAUUCAACCGGCCACUCCUGAAGUGCAUUACCAGGGACGACGGGUUGGAUGUCUUAAAAAAAUUGCAUGAAGGAGCUUGCGCCUCUCACAUUGGGGGAAGAGCAUUGGGGGAGAAGGCAUUAAGGACAGGGUAUUAUUGGCCCACCUUAAAGGAAGACGCCCAGGGGAUGGAUAUCUUGGGGCCGUUUCCUGUAGCUGUAGGCCAGAAGAAAUUCGUGAUAGUAGUAGUAGACUACUUCACUAUAUGGGUCGAGGCUGAGUUUGAGGCGCCUAAGCUCAAGGAAUGGUUGGCCGAGCAGGACAGUAAAGCCCACUUUGCUGCCGUUGCUCAUCCUCAGGAAAACGGGCAAGUAGAGGCAUUUAACAAGAUUCUCUCGAACGACAUAAAGAAAAAGCUGGACAAUGUGAAAGGUUUAUGGGUAGAGGAACUACAAUUAGUUCUUUGGUAA